GCCGGAAGCCAGGCUGGGCCACGUCUGCGAGGUCUGAGGGAGCUUGGUUUGGUGCGUACUGCGGGGCCGCAUCUUACCUCUGAAGAGAACGUUCUGGCUCCAGAUCUAGACAUGGAUCUGGAGGCUGUUUCUAAACGCUCAGCAUUCCAUGCCAAGCCUCAGGGGCUCAUUCUUCAGUAUGGGACUGCUGGAUUUCGGACAAAUGCCCAACAUCUUGAUCAUAUCAUGUUUCGAAUGGGAUUGCUAGCUGUCCUGAGGUCAAAGCAGACAAGGUCUACCAUUGGAGUCAUGGUUACAGCCUCACACAACCCUGAGGAAGACAAUGGUGUGAAAUUGGUUGAUCCUUUGGGGGAAAUGUUGGCCCCUUCCUGGGAGGAGCAUGCCACCUGUCUGGCCAGCGCUGAGGAGCCGGACAUGCCGAAAGUGCUCGCCGCCAUCGUGGAGAAAGAAGCUGUGGAUCUGCAGCAGACUGCCUUCAUAGUCAUCGCUAGAGACACCAGCCUUGUGUAUGCUAGGAAAACAAACUUCUACUCAGCUGUAGUCCUAGCCCCCUUUUUAAUUCUGAAACAUUCUCACCAAUUUAACCAGGCUGGCCUUGAACUCUAUAUUGGAAAUUAUGGCCUAUUGACCACACCUCAGCUGCACUACAUGGUGUAUUGCCGGAAUUCCGGGGGCCGGUAUGGACAGGCCACAAUAGAAGGCUACUGCCAGAAACUCUCCAAGGCUUUUAUAGAACUUACAAAACAGGUUUCCUGCAGUGGAGAUGUAAAGAGAUUGGUUAAAGUUGACUGUGCUAACGGCAUAGGGGCCUUGAAGCUAAAAGAAAUGGAACACUACUUCUCCCAGGGCCUGUCGGUUCUGCUGUUUAAUGAUGGGACUGAAGGGAGGCUCAAUCACCUGUGCGGUGCUGACUUUGUGAAAAGCCAGCAGAAACCCCCACAGGGAAUGGCAAUGAAGUCUGGUGAAAGAUGCUGCUCCUUUGAUGGGGAUGCAGACAGGAUCGUGUAUUACUACUGUGAUGCAGCUGGUCAUUUUCAUCUCAUAGAUGGAGACAAGAUAGCGACAUUAAUUAGCAGUUUCCUUAAAGAGCUACUGUUGGAGAUUGGAGAAAGUCUGAACAUCGGUGUUGUACAGACAGCAUAUGCGAAUGGAAGUUCCACACGAUACCUGGAGGAAGUUAUGAAGGUACCUGUGUAUUGCACCAAAACUGGUGUCAAACAUUUGCAUCACAAGGCUCAAGAGUUUGACAUUGGAGUUUAUUUUGAAGCGAAUGGGCAUGGCACAGCAUUGUUUAGUGAAGCAGUCGAAUUGAAGAUAAAAAGACUAGCCCAAGAACUAGAAGAUGAAAAAGGAAAAGCAGCCAGGAUGCUUGCAAGCAUCAUCGACUUAUUCAACCAGGCAGCUGGAGAUGCUAUUUCUGACAUGUUGGUGAUUGAGGCUGUCCUGGCUCUGAAGGGGCUGACUGUACAGCAGUGGGAUGCUAUUUAUGUCGACCUUCCUAACAGACAACUCAAAGUUAAGGUUGCAGACAGGAGAGUUAUUAGCACCACGGAUGCUGAAAGGCAAGCAGUCACUCCACCAGGACUCCAAGAGGCAAUCAAUGACCUGGUGAAGAAAUACGAGCUUGCCCGAGCUUUUGUACGGCCCUCUGGUACCGAAGACAUUGUCCGAGUGUAUGCAGAAGCCAACUCACAAGAGAGUGCUGACAGACUUGCCUAUGAAGUGAGCGUGGUGGUGUUUCAGCUGGCUGGAGGCAUUGGAGAAAGACCACAACCAACUUUCUGAAGAUAAAUUUUAUAUUCUGGGGAAAUGGACUUCUAAAAUGUUUUUAUAACACUUUAUAAUACUGGCAGUACUAAGGCAUUUAAUCAUGACAUUAACAAGUCAUGCAUGUUAAUGGAUUAUUUCUAGAUAUGUUUUUAAAUGCUACCAGGAAAAAAUGUUUAGAAGCUCUAAAUCUUAGACUUGGGAGUGAAACUUACCUCUGAUUUUAAUCUAUAUUAAGUUUUAAUAGUUCAAGUGUCAUUAAUUUUACAGGGUAUGAAGUGAAUUCAUGUAGGGUAUUGGGAAAUUAAACUUUACUACCAACUAA